AUGUUUUGGAGAUUUGGCGGAUACGCCAGCAUAUCCACCAUCGACACCAUCUUAGAGAAGCCCGAGUUCACCGUUGAAGACCUCCUCGACGAGAGCGAUCUGAUCCAAGAGCUCAAGCAGCACAACACGAAGCUUAUCGAAUACCUCCGCGAGGACAACGUACUCAAGACAUUGCUCGAAUAUGUCGUCGCCCCCAAGUUAGAACCGGUCGCGGCCCCGGAACCAGAUGAACCCGCCGAGGAGAUCAAGGGCAAGGGUCGCCUCCUUCCCUUUUCGAGACCUCGCGCCUCAUCCCGAGCGACCGAUACCGACAAUGAGGAGGAAGAGCAAGAGAAGAAGCGUAAUCGCUAUGCCUACGUCGCGGCUGAAGUCUUGUCAUCCGACACGUGGUCCAUUUACGAGGCUAUGAUGGAAAACCAAGCUCUCGUUCGAGAGUUUUGGCAGUUUUUAAAGCGACCCACGCCCCUUGACCCUCUGCAAGCCAGCUACUUCACAAAAGUCAACGAGGCAUUGUUCGAUAAGAAGACGGAGGAAAUGGUCAUCCUUCUCAAGGCUCUACCCGAAGCCGUGCCUGACUUGCUCCGUCAUGUCGAGUGCCCAAUGAUUAUGGACUUGCUCCUGAAGAUCAUUGCUCUAGAUCGCACAGAGGGCGGCCAGGGCGUUGUAGAGUGGCUGUACGGUCAAGAUGUCGUGCCGACUCUGUUGUCCUGCCUCAGCCCCGAGCACAGUUGGGUUGUCCAGACAGCUGCAGGUGACUUUAUCAAGGCCAUCAUCACCAUUUCGGCCAACGCAUCGCAAAACGAGCAGCAGUGCAUCGGCCCGAACGAACUUACUCGCCAGCUGGUGUCGCAACCCUGCGUAGAACAGCUAAUCCAGUACAUGCUAGGAGGUGGAAACCCGCUGACCGUGGGCGUCGGUAUCAUCAUCGAAGUGAUCAGGAAGAAUAACUCGGACUAUGACCCCGAUGUUGGCACCGAAGCCAACUCCGUUCCCUCGAGCCGAGACCCCAUUUACCUCGGAACCCUGCUCCGCUUGUUCGCGCAACAUAUCCCCGAUUUCGUCAACCUCAUCAUGAACACCCCAGUGCAAAAGGGGCCAUUGGAGUCGACCUUUGGCGAAAAGAUCGAGCCUCUCGGUUUCGACCGAUUUAAGACGUGCGAGUUGAUGGCUGAGCUGCUUCACUGCAGUAACAUGGGCCUACUCAACGAAGUUGGUUCCGAAGAUGUAAUUGCAUCGCGAGAUGCUGAGCGCCAGCGCUUAAGAACGGAGGGUAAGCUUACCCCAAACCGAGGAGAAGAACCGCCUUCAUCUACGGAUGAUUUGACAAUGCGCAUGGGGCGUUCUUCUCCCGAGGAGGGACGUCGUUUAGAGGUAACCAAUAUCUCAGACGAUGACGGAUUCGAAGAAGUUGAGCCCAGCCGCGAAAUGAACGAGGACACGUCCCACGAAUUCGUAAAAGCAGAAGAAGAGAUUCCUGUCACUGCACCAGCCUCAUCUUUUCUGGACAGAGACGAAGAUGAUUUUGUGGACGAACCGCUUAGUUCUCCCCGACUCAAUAUCGCAGAUGACAAAAUCAAGGAACAGCGAUUUGAUGACCCCGAUUUGGUCGUCGCUCCCCUUUCGCCCAGCAAGCCUAAGACCGCCUCCAUUGAUGAGACUGCCGUAGCGGACUCUGAAUCCAAGUCCGAGCCCGAGCAAAAGCCAGACACUGCUGAAGUCAAGGCUGAGGAGCCGGCUGAGAAAGAGGCGGAAGCACUCGAGAUUGAGAAGAAUUCGGACCCAGACGCCUUAGGCGACAAGGCCUCAGAUGAUGCUACCAUUAGCAAGGUAGAGGAACUUUCGCUCGACGAGAAGGCUGACCAAACCAUUGUUUCUGAGGAUAACCAGAAGGGCGACGAAUCUGACUCUUCUGUUGUCUAUACUCCUAGCGCCACCGAUUCGGAGGCAAAGACAGAGCCAGCGGAGGCAGCACCGUCAGUUCCUGAACCUCCCCAACACCCCGAAGACAUGCCAGCUCCUCUGUUCUCCAAGUCCACCAAUGAUUUCGAUAUCAAGGCUGUCGACGACGCUGCUGCCAAGGAGCCCGGACCCGAAGUCGAGCCAGCUCCGGAAGUCCCUAUGGCCCCUCCAAUUUCUGAGGUGCCAGAAGCUCCGGUAGCUCCAGGGUCUGACGACAGCGCGGCAAAGAACGCUGGAGACCUCCCACCUGCGGUUCCUGAGCGACCCGAUCCUAACAGCGUAAAGCCGGUGGUGGGCGACUACCUCAAGGUGCAAUUUGUCGAAUAUCGUGUUGUGCCUACGAUCCUGUCCUUCUUCUUCGCCUACCCGUGGAACAACUUUCUCCAUAAUGUGGUAUAUGAUAUCGUUCAGCAGGUUUUCAACGGGCCCAUGGACAGGGGCUAUAACCCAACCUUGGCAGUAUCGCUGUUCGAGGCUGCAGAUAUAACGACAGCCAUCAUCAAAGGCCAGCUCGCUAGUGACGAGUCACAAGCCAGAAUGAAGACUCGCAUGGGUUACAUGGGACAUCUCACUCUCAUCGCUGAAGAGGUGGUGAAGUUUACGGAACGUCACCCUCCCGAACUUUUGUCUGAGACUGUCCUUGAACGGGUUAUGGACCCGCGAUGGAUUAGCUACGUGGAAGGCGCCCUCGCCGAGACUCGCGAGCGAGACAACGCCAUCCUCGGCGGAGUUCGCCCCGAAGUGGCUCUGGGUAACCGGGCCGGCAUGUCUGGCAACGGACUGGCAGCAGUCGGCCUUUCUGGCCUUGGAUCAUCAUUUUCCAACUCUCAAAGCAACACCGGGUCUAACGCGCUGGCUGAUGCGGGACUCAACGGGAACGCGGACCUUCAGGAAAGCAGCGGUAAUGGCAUCGGUCCAUUUGCCAUCAGUUCAGGCACUCUCAUGUCUGGCUUCGGCAGCUCCAGCGACGAGGAGGAUGAAGGGGAAGAAGAGAACGAAGAUGAUGUUAGCAAUGAGUGCGCAGACGAGGACGGAAGACCCCACGCCAGUCAAAUUACCCAAGAGGAUUACAUCGACGGUGCCGGCUACGACUUUGGACAUGGGAAAGAUGUAGAGGAAGAGCGCAACGAUUCACCAGUCCUUGUGUCUCAGGAUGAUGAUGAUGCAUGGAGCGAUGAGCUCGGAAACGUGGAGUCUGACGAGGAGAUGCACAUGAUUCGGCCUUCUCGUGGUUUUUUCCGGGCUUACACGGAUCCAUUGAACAACUCCUCGUCGUCUCUAAAUCCGCCGUCGAUUCCUCCGCCUCCACCGCCACCACCCCCACUGAACAACCCUCCUUCUAGAGCGCGUUUGCAGCUUGCAGCUCGUUUGGCUAUGCACCAGAAGAACCAGGCCGCUGCCUCUCAAGCAGAGGAUGGAGACAACGACAAUGACGACAAGGCCGAGUCUGGUGAGGGCGAGCGGUUGCAGAACCCGUUCGCCGAUGACGAAGAUGAUGAGGAAAACUCCAGUGACGAGGAUGAUGGCGACCGCCAUGGCCCAGGAGCAGCUGCGGCAGUUGCAGGUGUCUGGGGUCAACCAGGAAGUGGCUCGUGGUGGCGAGGAGGGGGACGUCAGGGACAGCAACGUUUUGACGGACAAGAUGAUUCUGAUGAAGAAGACGACGAUGAGGAAUUUGGCGAUUUCGCCAUGCCCGAAGUGGAGCCGGCGCCGGGCACGGAUCCCAAUGAGAAGGUGAUUCUGAAGCCUCUUGCGGUACAUCCGCCGCAAGGAGGUUCAGGAGGCAAACCCUUCAGCGGGCUGUGGCCGUUUGCAGGCAAGAAGGACGGCAAAGAUGACAGGGCGGAAGGUGAGAAGGGACCAUCUGAGGAGACGGUGGCGGGAGACGACGAGAAGCCGGUCCAGGCGGCUGUCGAGGCUGCUCGGCGGACAAGCAUCGAGGAUCCGGAUGACGAUGAAGAGGUUGUGGUGCAGAAGCCGACGAGCCUCUGA